ACACUCAGCCUUCCCUUGAGGGCUUUCGCAGGCACUCGCCCAUCUAUCCAGGCCUGGCGCAGCACACGANUCCUUGCCACUGAACUCGCGCCCGCCUCGACAACACUUCCCGUUCCUUCAGAUUUCACAACCUCUAUCACUACACCGGUAGUCCAGGAUGCCCAGCCUCAGACUCUUGCACUGAAAGAGACGGAUGGAAGCGUAUCUGGAAAGCUGCGACCAGUUGGUGUUGUGAUCAGCGCCGGAAAGAUGGAGAGAACAGUCAAACACUUCAAGGAUCACUCGGACCACCUAGUCCACGACCCCAACUCUUCCCUCAACAUGGGCGACGUUGUUGCCCUCAGACCUUUCCGCGCCGCCAAACACGUCCACCACGUCGUUUCAGAAAUCCUCGUUCCCUUCGGCACACCCAUCGCUCAACGACCACCCGUACCCAGCGAAGGCGAGUCCCAAGCCGCCUACAAUGCCAAACGUCACUCCAAACUCGAGCGCCGCACUUUGCGCCNNCGCGCCGCUGCCAAGGGUUCCGAGACCGCUAUCGAGAAGCUACAAGCACUAGAGGUGGAAGCCGGACAAGGCCUUGCGGUAGGAAAGGGCGAAAAGAAUGCCAGAAAGGCUGGUCUAAUGGGAAACAAGGGUCAAAAGCUGCAAAAGGGAGUUUUGCCGAGUGGAAAGCAUGCGGUUGGCAAGAUUGACGAAAGAGCAAAGCACAACAAGGAGCAGGCUAUGAAGAGGAAUGAGAAGGCUGAGAGGAACUCGCUGGAGGCUAAGCAGGUCGCUGAGAGCAGG